AUGGGAUCAAACACGAAUUGGAAUACUGACACUACAAAUAUUUUGAAAUUUCAUAAAAAUUUCCUCGGCAUAAUUGGACUUUGGGCAUUAAACGAGAAGAAUGUAUUCUCGAGGAUUCGAUGGUUCUUAUCGACGAUGGUGGAAACGAGUACAUCGAUCACCAUGUCACUAGAAAUGAUUCAACAUUGUAAUGGUCACGAGGAUGCCAUGGAUGCCUUUCUGUUAGGCUCAUCGUCAGUAAUUAGUAUGAUAAAAUUGCUCUUGCAUCGCGUAUAUUGGAAACAAAAAUCCAUUUUGGUGAAAUCAAUCAUCCAUGACUGGACUUACGUGAAAAAUUCUCACUCCCGCGAUAUAAUGCUAAAGUACGCGCGCGUAGGCAAGCUGGGUUCCUCGAUAUUCUUCUGUUUCGGUUGUGCCUCGGUCGUAUCCUUCGUCUCCACUGUCGUCCUUGCCAAUAUCAAUUUGCCCUGGACCUCUGAAACGGAGAUUAUUAAUAAGACAUAUGAAAGAAAGUUGAUGUUAGCAGCCUAUUGCGUCUUUGGAAAGUAUACAUCUCCCUUCUCUUACUGCGCCGUUGAAGCUCUGCAGUUCCUACAGAUUGUCGUUAACGGCAUCUCGCAGUGCGGAAACGAUGGCUUCUUCUUCGAUCUCACGAUGCACAUGUGUGGACAAUUCACGAUCCUCCGAAUGAACUUCAAUUCAUUGGGUUGCGACGAAUUUCCCCAUCGUGGCAAACUCGACGUCUUGAUGAAGAGACAUUAUCACCUCAUAUGUUUGUCGCAUUAUUUAGAGAGAGCAUUCACCCUGGUAAUCUUGGCACAAGUUUUAAUGAGCGUCCUUGUCUUGUGCGUUGAAGGUUUUCUUUUACUUCUUUCGCUUGAAAUGAACGAUGCGCUUACCGCUGCAAAACACAGCGUCUUCAUUAUCUCACUGUUGGUACAACUUUUUCUCUAUUGCUUCGCCGGACAGACGUUGGAGUUCCAAUCGAAAGGAUUGGCCUAUGCAAUUUACGAAUCACCGUGGUACACUUUUGACGUGAGCACGAUGAAGAAUUUACCAUUGAUAAUUCUCCGAGCAGCUAAUCCACAGCAAAUAACUGCAGGCAAAUUCGUAGCAAUAAAUUUUAUGACUUUUAAAGAAAUUCUGAAGGCUUCCGCCUCGUAUUUAUCUGUAUUAAGGGUAAUGAUUAAAACGUGA